ACUUGGGAAUCAUGAUAUUUGUGACAAAGUGAAAACGAGAAACUUAAUUCGUAUUUAAACUUAUGCAAAAGUUAAGUUAAUUUAUUAAACUUAAAGAAAAAUAAUGUGAAGUAUCAUAAUGUUAACAAUGCAUACAACUACGUCCUAAAAUUUAAUUAUAAUUAGCGAUAUGUUUACAAAAAAAUCUCACCAAGAUGUCAAAAAAUCUACAGUUAAAAUACAAGACUCUAAAAAAGACUCUACAACCCGAUUAAAACAUUUGAAAAUAGUACUAGAACAUUUUGAUGCAGAUGAAGCAAAAACAUAUUUCGAAACAAAUUUUAGCCAUGUUUAUUUUAUUUUGUAUGAUAAUUUCAUUUUGGCAGAAAAUAGUUUACGGCAAAGAGAACUUCCGUUCCACCUUGUUCACAAGGCUGGGAAAGAAGAGUUGGAAGGUGCUCUAGCUCUUCUUGAAAAAGUUUUAUGUCUGCUACCAGAGUUACUAGGUAAAAGAUGGCAAUUGCAUUCAUUAACAAGAAUAUUUUCAAAACUCCUCCAUGGUGGAAAUUCUCAAAAGCUCCGUGCAGAUGCAAUAAGAUUUUUUUUAUUAUGGUAUCAAGCUCUCGGUGACAAUGCCCCAAAUGAAGUUCACAGGAUGUUUGCUUCUCUUGUGCCUGGCCUACCAGACUCUUGCUUACCUCCAAUUGGCUCGCCAUUCAAACCAAAGGUCUAUGAUGUAGUUACAAAUAUUUCACAAGAAAGUAGCGAAUUUAAGGUGGAUGAUAUUUUGCAACAUCCAAAUUUUGCAUCCACUACAGAUAAUGCAAAAAAAGUAGUAGUUGAACAAACAUCCACUGGAUUCAUGGGGAAAUUAGCAAAUGUGUCAGCUUCAAUAUUCCAUGAUACAAAUGCUUUGAAUCCUGUUCAAAGUGUUGACAUUCAGCCUUUACUACCUCCCAGUGCAAGCGAAAAAGUAAUUGAAAAUGAAACUAAACACUUUUUUGAAGUGUUGCUCGAUGCUAUGGCCACAUCUGUUACUAAAGUACACUGGAAGGACAGAUCACACGCAAAGGCAAUGAGGAGCUUUGCAUUUUUAUUAGAGAAAUUUAAAAUAUACUACUUACCAGUGAUAUGUCCUCAAUUUAAUUAUAGAAACUCUCUGUAUAAGCCAAACCUAGAAUUGCCAGUGCAACAUAAUAUAUUGGAAGACGACUUUGCCUUGUGCAGAGUAGUGUUGAUAAAAUGGGUUGCAAAUUAUACCCAUUUCAUGAAGAAACAGGGCAGUGAUGGUGGCCAACCAUCUUCAAUGACGAGCACAGGUUCACAUAUCGUUCACUCGAACACUCCCACGCCAGCAACAUCACUACAUCAUGAAGAAGAAACAUCAUUUACUGUUGGACACCCCUCUGAUUCAAGUAGAGCAUCGUCCCACGAUUCAGCGUCAAAUACACCGCAUCCCAGUUUGGAAUCUGGAUCUGGCAUGUAUGAAGAACUAUCAUCCGAUCAAGUAGUGCGCGACGUACUGUGCUGUUCGUCGCGGGAACACGUUGAUUUCACUAUAGAAGUAUUACGGCAAGCAUUUCUGCUACCUUUCUCGCAUGCCGCUGCUGUAAGACGAGUUAUAGCACUUUAUAAGGACUGGAUCCAAAUGAAUUAUUUACAGGUUACUGAAAUACCACCAUUCCUAUUGGAAAAUACAUAUGAUCAGCAAGCAAGUGGGGAGCCACAAGUGCCUCCUCGAAGACUGAGGAAUGAUUCUUACUUGGGAGCAGUGGGGAGGGACAACCUGAUGGUUAGGGCUGGAUUACAGAACGUGCUCCAAGUGUUCAUGACGCAAGCAGCGAACGUGUUCGUGUGCAGUGCGGGCGUGGCGCCGGCGGGCGGGCCCGCACCCCAUCAGCUGCUCGACGAACAGACGGACACGUGCAAACGUGUGCUCAAUAUAUACAGAUAUAUGGUCAUGCACAUCGCUAUGGAUGAUCGGUCUUGGGAACAACUUUUGUUGGUUCUUCUCCAGAUAACUUCAAUCGUUUUGACUAAAAUUCCACCAAAGAAGAAACAAGACACAUUAGGGGGAUUUUUAGCACCAGCUUUAUUCCAAACAUUAAUUGUGACGUGGAUUAAGGCUAAUCUGAAUGUUGCUGUAAAACCAGAGCUGUGGCAAAGCUUUAUGGAACUAUUGACGAGACUCACGCAUUGGGAAGAUUUAAUCAAGGAAUGGGCGAAAACAAUGGAAACACUCACCCGCGUGCUAGCGCGGCACGUAUACUCGCUCGAACUAUCAGAAUCAGCGUCUAGCGGGGCGGGUGACGGACGUGGCAGAGGGCGCAGGCCCGCGCCCGUCACGUACCCGCACAGGCCUCCGCCCUUGCGCAGGCCGGCGCUGCAACCGUGCGCUGAUACUAGAACACCGGGUAAAUCGCCCCGUGUGAGUCACGAGGUGCACCCGCGAAAGGACGCACGACGACCACUAGCACGAUGUCGUAGCGACCCGCAUAUAUCGCGACAUACACAUCAUAGUGAGGAAACUAAAGACUCCAUUGACAACAAAUCUCGGCGGUGGUACUCACUGGAUUCAUUAAGGCAAUCAUCGCAACAGGAAGAAAGAGAUUCAGCUAGCGGAUCUCGCUCACCUUCCCCUGCUCCAUCAAGCGGCGUUGAAAGUAGUUCUAUCAAAGAUUCACCGUUACAAAUAGACUUGGCAUCUGAUGGUGGCAAUGUUGAAUGGUCGGAAGCGGACAACGGUUCCGGGGAGGGUACCGGCGUGUCCGGGGCGGGCACGCUGGGCGUGGGCGUGGUGGUGGGGGGGCGCGCGCGGGGCUGGCUGCCCGACGUGGCGUGGGUGAUGUGGCGCCGCAUGCUGGCCGCGCUCGGCGACCCCAACGCGCUGCGCGACCCGCACGCGCACCAACACCUGUUCAACUACCUGAUACACCUCAACGCGACGCUGCUCAAGAUAAGCGCAAAUCAGACGCUUAAUGGAAACACGGAGAUCCACGUACCUUUCAAUUUGGUGGCAGGAUGGUGUCUGGAAGCAGAAGCACUGCCUCCAUCACACAGGGCGGGCAAAUUACUGGCACUCCGUCUUUUAUGCGAGUCGACGCAAGCGCAAGGCCCCGGAUCGCCUACCUCAUGCAACAAUCGGUUACAUCUAGCGCAUUUGAAUCUGUACCAGCGGGCUUUGCAUCACGGUUUGACAGGCGAAGAUCGUUCUGUGGUAGACGUUUUAGUAGAAUAUGCUGCGCCGCGCUAUCUCUCUCUCGCUCUAGAUGGAUACUCUCUAUUGUUACUGGACUUUGUACACGCAUCCACUGUGGUACUCAACUCUUCGGAUAUGGGGCCGUCUUGUCCUCGUACAGCGGCGGUCACGUUUCUCGGCUCGCUGCUCUCUCUGCCCGACGGGCUGAUGAAUGCGCCGAUGUUGCAGCCCUACCCUCAUCAAUAUAACACUGUAUCCUGUCCUGAUCUUAAAGAGCACGUACUAAACAUAGUGGUGCGUGUGUGUCGGCGUGAAGGUGCCGCCGCAGCACGGUGUGCGGGCGCGUGUGCGCUCACUGCGCACGUUGCGCAUGCGCUCGCGUCGCGGAUUGCGUGCGAACGUUUACCUUCUUACGUCACGUGCUUGUUGCAGAUGCUUAUGAUGAAAAAUAAAACCAUUGCCAAAGUUGUAAGUGAUUGUAUUCUGGUACUGGCUGACUAUACGGACCGGAUCGUGGAAAUGUAUCCCGGAUUAAUAGAGAAAAUAAUAAAAUGGAUAUGCGCGUGCCUGGCGCAAAUAUCGCACGCGAGCAGCAGGGACGCAGUGAAGCCGCUGGCCGGCUCGCUGCUGCUCUGCCUCGCCGAGUUCGCGGUGCGCUGCGGGCCCGCGCUGCUCAUGCGCGAGCGGGACGCUGAGCAGACGCUGCUCUUGAUGAUAUUCCGGGUGUUGUAUGCUGUAAUGAAAGGCACGAAUGGUUCAGAUAUCGAAGGCUUGACUUUGCCAGUCGAUGAAGAUUUCGACCCGAACAUUCAGCUCGAUAAUCUUGGACCAAAGACCGCCCCUGCUUCGAGUAUCGAUGUCAAAUUAUGGGCUCAGACGAUCUGUUCCCAACUCGUGCUGUACCUCGGUCACUGGCCCCUCUGGCCCGGCUGUCAGCUGUCGUCGAGCGUGUGCGAGCAGCACGACAGCGUGCCGCCGCUUGGCAGCGAGCUGGGCCCGCCCGUACUCAGCGCACCGCAUAUACAGCUCAUGCGGCUUAGUGAUUCUACUCUAGCGUCAUUUAUUGAACUACCCUCGCUGGACGCAACGCAAGGAGGGACUACACCGGGUCUAAUAACAUCAGAUCGGCAAGUGCGUGUGCUACUACGUGAUAUAACGGGCAAGGCGUGCUGGGACGCGUCCGCGCUGUACUACGACCCCGCUGUGGUCGCCGCUGACGUGCUCGAGUCGCUGCCUUUGCCCACUGUUGUGGACAGUCCCCGAGACAAUACCCUAUCAUCUCUACCGCCGCCAUUACCGCCGGAUCUUUUGCCGGACUAUAGAAAUUCACCGCCGGAUAAACAUCAAUUGGAUCAUGUGCUAGCGUACAUAGGGCACACGUCGCCCGAGGUGGCGUGCGGGCGGCGGCUGGACGAGGCGGGCCCGUCGCCGCUGGCGGCCGGCGCGGAGGACGCGCUCGUGUGCGCGCUCGUGGCGCACCGCAACGCCGAGCGCCACUAUCUGGCGCACCGCGACACUGAGGAGGAAGUGGAUUCAGUGGAGUGGUCAUCCCAAAGCAGCGAGUGCACUCCGAGCAGCCCGUUUGCAUGGAGCCGGCAACUUGUUGCGCAACUCGGCACGUUAGCGCCCGCACGCCGUGCGCAUGCGCAUCUACUGCGUCGUACUGAUCGCUUGUUACGGGAGCUGAGGAAUUUGGAUGCGCAGAGGUGUCGAGAAACACACAAAGUUGCAGUUAUUUACGUUGGAAAGGGACAAGAAACGCGCAAUGAAAUAUUGUCGAAUCGCUGCGGAAGUCCGGCCUACGAAGCGUUCUUGGCAGCACUGGCUUGGGAGGUGGAACUAGAAAGCCACGUGGGAUUCGCGGGUGGUCUGCGCGGUGGUGGUGGGGGUGGUACUAGCGCGCCAUACCUCGCCACGCUCACGCUAGAGGCGCUGUUCCACGUGGCCACGCGCAUGCCUGCUGACACGCCAGACGCUAUACUCAAUAAGACUCGACACUUGGGCAACGACGAGGUGCACGUGGUGUGGAGCGAGCACUGGCGGCCGUACAAGCGCGACACGCUGCCCACGCAGUUCUGUGACGUGCUCAUUGUGUUGUACCCGCUGCCUGGAGGCUUAUUGCGCUGUACUGUGUCGAGGAAACCUGAUGUGGGCGUGUUCGGUCCGCUGUGGGAGGAGUGCGUGGUGCGCGCGCGGUGCGGCGCGGCGCUGGUGCGCGGCGCGGCGUUCGCGGGCGGGCGGGCCGUGCGCGCCACCAUGCCGCUGUACCAGCACGCGUGCAGCGAGCGCGCGCGCGACCUGGACGCGCUCGUCGCCGCGCACACGCUGCCCACGCCCUUCGAGACCUUCGUCACCAGGGUGCGCGACCCCGUGCACGCGCACCCGCCGCCCGCUGAUCAAAACAGCGGUCGUCUAGCCGCAGCGCUGCUGGACCACGGCGCGAACACGUGGGCGUCAUGCGAGCCGCACUCGGUAUCUCCCCGGCCGGUCAAGCGGCUUGGGCCCUUCAAGCGGCCGCAGCAGGCCGCCCCGCCAGCACCCGCGCCACGACGCAACCGGUGAACCAGUGACGUCAUAGUGGAGACUAGUGCUCGAUGAUUCUUACCUACCUACAACACCUAAAGUGAAGAAUUACAAUACCUAAAGUGAAGAAUAACAAUACCUAAAGUGAAGAAUUAAAAUACCUAAAGUGAAGAAUUACAACACCUAAAGUGAAGAAUUGCAACACCUAAAGAGAAGAAGAGCAACACCUAAAGUGAAGACAAAUGUUUACACAAGUGCAACUCCUAAUAGUGCUAACAAGAGUUCGCUGAUACUUACCAUCUUGUAUGAUACCUAAUAGUGACAAGUGUUUGAUGAUAAUGACCACCUCAUACAACACCUAACUGUGGAGACAAGUUUUCCAUGAUAUUGAUCAUCUCAUACAACACCUAUUAUUGAGAACAAGUAUUUGAUGAUACCUAAUGCAUCAUAGUGAAGAUAAUAUUAUACAAUAACAAGUGUUUGAUGAUAUUAACUAUCACUUUAACACAUAAUGCAUCUUAGUGAAAGCAAGUUUUCAAUAAUAUAAACCAUCUGUAUGGACUCCAGACUCCCAGAUUUAGUGAAGUACUCAUUAAAUGAUUGUCAAUCCCAAUAUCAGCCUCAUUGAGGUUUGUUAAAGAAUAAUAUAAAGAUAAAGAAGAACUAACACACAGUAAACACAAUGAAAUUUUUUUACUAUUGUAGUUCAUAUGGAGACAGUUUGAUACGUAAUAUACCAAGAUCUACUGCAGCUCUCCCCUGUUUCUUUUUACAAAUGUAUUGAAAAUACAUUAGGCCUAUUGCUAGACGAAUUUUCAAUUAGCUUAAUGAUUUAAACAAUUAAAAUCUUUGUUUUACACUUACCAAAAAAUAUCUUCAUUGCAUUUUACUCUGUAAAUAACAUCUAGAGAAUAUAAAUUUCUAGGAGACUCAAAAGAAUAGGAUCAGAAUGCUGGUAGGAGUCAGAAAGCCAAAGUUUCUAACUUCAAACUAUUGAAAAAUAUUAUGUUACAGAUACAUGAUUUUGUUUGUAACGAUAAAGUAAUUGAGAAAGAACAUUGAGUUUCUUUAUAAAAAGGUAUUGCUAAAUUUACACUUGUAUUAAUAUAUUUUGCGACGCUCAAUCAAUGUACUUUAGUUUAAUAAAAUUCAAUUGCAAUGAUUGAUGUGUUGCUCGGCAUGAAGGUAAAUAGAUAUUAAAGUUAUAUUUGUUAAGAUAAAUAUUUAUUUAUUUCACAUUAAUUUAAGAAACACUUUGAAUUGACUGAUAAGACUCGUAUGUUGGCACAAAUCGAUCGACAAUUAUAACAGAUUUGUGAAUUACAAAGAAUCGCAGUCGAAUUAACGAAUCGUCCAAAAAGAGAUUCUUAGAAUAAGCACUAAUGCGGACUUAAUGAAAUUUUAUGUACUUAAUAAUUUAUUGUGUAAGUUAUUUAACAUUAGUAUCGUUGCAUUUAAAUUAAUUCUAAAGUAUGCAAGCCUUAUCUAAAUUUUUAUAUUUGCCUAGAGCUAAUUGUAACGUCACUUUGAGAUCAUGUACUUUGACUGUUAACAACUCAAUAUUUAAUUGUAACUUGCAAAUGUAAUAGCGUAAACAGAAAUGUAAGGAAUGGUAGAACCUCUGUGAGCAGGGUGAGAUCAGGAUAUAAUAGAAUUGUUAUUUAAUAUCGCCAUUAUUUAUUCAAAAAAUAGUAUCAUUACAAACAUUGAACAAUAGUUUGGCCUACUUUCAUGACUUUUUUUGUUGAAUUGAGGUCUCAUGUUAAUCUGUGAGAUAUUUUUGUGAGUUCAUAUUAUAUUCUAAUUAUCAUAAUAUCGAUUAAUAAUUCGAUUUAAAUUUCCGAUUUAUAUCAAAUUCUCUUUACUAACCUAGGAAAAAUUUACCUAAUUUUAGGGACAACUUAAUCCUAUAUGAACUCACCUUGCUGGGCUCUACUAAUAGAACUCAAUUUGCAGCUACUACCAUUUGUGAAUAUAAACUGUUAGCCCAACGAGCUACUUGCGGUUAUAGACCCUAAAGCCAAAUAAACUGGCAGCAUUUUCUUGCAUCUGUAAAUAUGUAAACUACUUGUAGAGCUUUAACUGUUGUAGUGUUUUACAAUAUUCUAAUAUUUAUUUUUGUAUAGAUGUUUCUAUUAAUAUGGCUCUAACUCUUAUCGUGUUAAAGUUUCUAUAAUUGGCUAUAGUAAUGUUGUUAUUUUUCUAUUUUACGUUUUUAAAAGAUCUGUUUAGUAUUAAAUUUUCGUUUUUAUUCAAUUUUCAUUAAAUAUUUCAUUAAUUGGGUUCAAUUUAGUUAUGUGGAUUUGCCAAAUAAUGUAUACCUAUUAUGUUUUAUUUGUUUGGGUGUACAUAUUUUAUAAGUACAAUAAUUAAAAUGUAUUCUUAGGAAGGUAUUUAUUUUAAAUAUGUAUAUUUAUUGAUAAUACAAGAAACCAAACAAUCUUAACUUAAUAUGAACCCAACUUAUUUUGCAUUCCAAAAUGUAAACUUAACUGAAAAAAUUCUCAUUAUUUUCCACUUUCUCUGUUCUUAAUGUAUUCUAUAAGCUUUGAGUUAUUAUUUUCAAAUUACCUUAUGUAGCAGUUUGCUUGCAUUUAUUUAAAUUUGUAUAUUAUGUACUAGAAUGCAUUCCAUUAUAUUAUUAUUUGUAUUAUUUUACAGUAUCUAUGAAUUAUGAUUAUGUUUACUUUAAACAGUAUUUAUUAGAUGUUAAGACUGACACCAUAUUAUGUAUUAUGAGAACACGAAGUAUUAAUGUAAACUAUUGUAACUGUGGUGGUUUAUUGUUAAUUUUUUUUUCAUUUGUUACUCAUACAGUCUAAAAAUACAACAUGUAUUAAAAUAUAACACAUUUGUAACUCACAGAUAUUUAAGUAAUAUAAUAACCAAAUUUUUAUAUUUAAAAGGUGAAAAUAAAAUUCUGUUAUACCUU